AUGGUCGCAUUUCAACGAAUGUCUCAGUCUGGAGUCUAUCUGACCACAUGUGAAUCAGCUCUUCUCACAAUCCUGUGCGGCUCCACACAUCCUAACUUCAAAGAAGUUCAGAAGUUGAUCAUGAAACCCAGUCCGGAUAGUGGCCUACUCUCUGGUCUUGGACCGCUCAACCCGUUCACUCAGACCGGACCGAAACCAUGA